AUGUUCAUACCAUCAUGGAUCUGGGGAACAGUGCUAAUACUCUGCUGUGGGUUUUUGUUUCUUCUAGGGAGGAGGAGGAGGCGACAAGGGGAGCCACCACUUGAAAAUGGGUUCCUUCCAUACCUGGGCUGUGCCUUGCAGUUUGGUGCCAAUCCCCUUGAAUUCCUCAGAGAAAAGCAGAAGAAGCAUGGCCACAUUUUCACUUGCCAAGUAGCGGGGAAAUACAUUCAUUUCCUCACCGACCCAUUUUCAUACCAUGCAUUGACCCGCCAGGGAAAGCACUUGGACUGGAAAAAGUUCCAUUUUGCUACUUCUGCCAAGGCUUUUGGGCAUGGUAGCAUUGACCCAGCAGAAGGAAACACCACUGAAAAUUUUCACCAGACUUUCAUUAGAACCCUUCAAGGCAAUGCCUUAGAUGCCCUCAUUGAGGCAAUGAUGGAAAACCUACAUUACGCAAUGUUGCAGUCAAGAAUGUCUAAACUUCAGUCUAAUACCUGGGUGAGAGAAGGACUUUAUGCAUUUUGUUGCCAGGUAAUGUUUGAGUCUGGCUUUUUAACACUUUUUGGUAAAGAACUUAAUUUAAAUGAUGACCAAAAUCUAUCAACAAAGCAAGAAAAUGAGAGAGCUCAUAUCCUAAAUGCCCUCGAAAACUUCAAGGAAUUUGAUAGGAUCUUUCCAGCCCUUGUGGCGGGUCUGCCUAUCCACCUCUUCAAGAGUGCCCAUAGUGCACGUGAGAAGCUGGGAGAGGCACUCCUCCAUGAGAACCUCCUGAAGAGAGAUAACCUCUCUGAGCUUGUCACCCUCCGCAUGUUCCUGAAUGACACUCUGUCAACUUUCGAUGACAUGGAAAAAGCGAAGACCCAUGUGGCAGUGCUCUGGGCCUCUCAAGCGAACACUAUUCCUGCCACGUUUUGGAGCUUGUUCUAUCUCCUUAAGAACCCAGAAGCGAUGACAGCUGCUACCAAAGAAGUGCAAAGUGUUUUGGAAAGUGACGGAGAGGUCAGCUUCGAUGGCAAACACAUUUCCUUAAACCGAAAACAGCUGGAUAAUAUGCCAGUACUAGACAGCAUCAUCAAAGAGGCAAUGAGGCUAUCGAGUGCCUCCAUGACAUUCCGAGUUGCCAAGGAGGAUUUCACUUUGCACUUAGAGAAUGAUUUUUACAACAUUCGCAGGGAUGAUAUUGUAGCUCUUUAUCCUCAGCUGUUGCAUUUUGAUCCAGAAAUAUAUGCUGACCCCUUGACAUUCAAAUAUGAUCGCUUUCUGAAUGAGAAUGGAAAAGAAAAGACUGACUUCUACCACAGUGGUCGCAAACUGAAGUAUUACUAUAUGCCAUUUGGAACAGGCACAGCAAAAUGCCCUGGCAGGUUAUUUGCUGUCCAUGAAAUUAAACAGUUUCUGGCUUUGAUUUUUUCAUACCUUGAGAUAGAGCUUGCGGACAAUGAUGUGCAAUGUCCUUCUUUAGAUCAAUCCCGUGCAGGACUGGGUAUUUUGCAACCAGUCAAUGAUGUCAACUUCAGGUAUAGACUGAAAUGCUUGUGA